AUGAAUGUCAGAGCUGUUGUCUCUGUUUCUGCCUUCUUGCUGACGCCUUUGGCUUCAGCCCUGACAGGAACCACCACAACAACAUGGGACUGUUGUAAACCAGCGUGUAGCUGGACGCAAAAUGCCCAAGCAGGCGGAGCAAGUGGUACCGUCGCCACCUGCAACAUCAACAACCAGGUACUCAGCAAUGGUGCCUCUGCUCCCAGCGCCUGCCAGGGAGGCGAUGCCUACAGCUGCUCCGACUUCCAGCCCAUCAUCAUCAGUGACACGUUGUCGUACGGAUUCGCUGGCAACUGGGAGACAAGCAACUGCUGCAAGUGCUUCCAGUUCACCUGGACGUCGGGGGCGGGUGCGGGCAAGUCCAUGAUCGUCCAAGUUGUCAAUUCUGGCGGGGUCAGUACAGGCGAUUUCGACAUUUACACGCCUGGUGGCGGUGUUGGAGAUUACAAUGCCUGCACUUCGCAGUAUGGCGCGCCACCACAGGGAUGGGGUGCUCAAUACGGCGGCGUCUCCAGCGACGCUGAAUGCGACCAACUCCCCUCGAUCCUGCAGCCUGGAUGCCACUGGCGUUUCGAGUGGGCAGGAGGUGGCAUCAACGGAUGGACGACUGAGUACGAGGAAGUCGAUUGCCCAAGCCAGCUUACUUCCAUCUCAGGUUGCUAUCCGUGA